AUGAGAAUCAUAAACAAAAUCGAUUCCAGUCCACACGUCAUCCAAAAUGCGGAAUGGCGACUCCGUCUCGUCGUCUCCAAUGCGCACCCAGAGCGUGUUUGCUUUGAGAAAGAGUUCGAUUGUGUGGGACAACACGUCGAUUUGCAGAAACGGAACGUUCUCCGCGCAGUUCCAGAAGCGAACGCAGCACGAAAACGUCCAGAAGUGCGGCUUUUCGAGUGGAAUCGCUGCAUAAAAUUCCCGCCAAAUCGAACGUACAUUCGCAUUGAAUCCAGCCGCGUUGGAGAUGAGCGCACAUGCUGCUGGGCGGCUCGGCAUCGAUGCGAGAGUGGUGCACGAAAUCGUAGAGAAGGAGAGCGUUACAUUCUUCGUGGAGAAUGGAUUCGAUUUGGCGUGAAAGAAUUGUGGUUUGCUCGGUUUUGUCAAAUAGAACGCAAAACAAGAGAAGAGAAAGGAAGGGUUGGUUUUCGUGGCGAUUCCAGGACGAUUGGAGAUCCUGGAUCGUUUCGGAAGAGAGAGAAAAGGAAUGGAGAGCGGUUUGAAGACGCUCUUUCAGGGAUUGCUUCUUAAAGAGGUCGUUGAAAUAGGGAGAGAAGAGGGUUCGGAGCUGCGCCUAGAAUUGGUGGAGUGGUAGAGAAGGAGUACGUCGCCUUUGCGGAUGCGUUGCUGGAUGAACCAGGAAACAAAGUCUUCAACAAACGGGUCUGUUUCUUUCACGGACGAAACCAGGAGCGGGUCCAUGGUUUCGGUCUGGCUGGGAGAUUUGGAAGAGUCAUAUUCUGAAUUUUCUGUGUAGUGCUAGGCGUGAAAAUGGGGAAUUGGGGUACGGUGGCAAUUCGCUGUAAUACGGUGGUAGAAAAGAGAUGAGAAUAAGGAAACUUGUCGAUUGAGUCUACUGCGAGAGAUAAUAGCUUGUCGAAUCCCUUCGGAUCAUGGAAUGGCGGAGAGUUUUCUCGAAUGACUUCCGAUAUUGAAUCUUCAUUAUACAAAUAACUUAUUGAGGUCAUUCCAAUGUCGAUAUAAUGAGGUUGUCAAAAAAGCAGCUUCGCUUUGACAGCUCUUUCGCUGCUGUGUUUGUCACUGUUAGUUUGGGUGAACUGGACUACCCAAAUACAAAAUUGCUCUCACAGCAGUAACUUACCGUACUUUUAGUCGUUUGAGCUUGGUUU